GACGGCACUUUUUCCCAUUACUGCUGUGUUGGCGGGGACACGUUGCGCGUCUGAAGUCGACAGAGCUUUAAUUACUGCUAUAGCUACAUUACCGAAAAUAUAGUAAAACUUUCUUUAUUUAAAUCCAGAGUUAGUGACCAUCUCACCAAAUUCAAAAUGCGUGAGUGCAUCUCUGUUCAUGUGGGUCAGGCUGGCGUGCAGAUUGGCAAUGCAUGCUGGGAACUGUACUGCCUUGAGCACGGUAUCCAGCCUGACGGUAACAUGCCCAGUGACAAAACCAUUGGCGGUGGGGAUGACUCCUUUAACACAUUCUUCAGUGAAACGGGCUCAGGGAAGCAUGUUCCCAGGGCUGUGUUUGUGGACCUGGAGCCAGCUGUUAUCCAUGAAGUUAGGACUGGUAUCUACCGACAGCUGUUCCACCCUGAGCAACUUAUAUCUGGCAAGGAGGAUGCAGCCAAUAACUAUGCCCGUGGGCACUACACAGUUGGGAAGGAAAUCAUUGAUACAGUCCUGGAGAGAGUGCGCAAACUGACAGACCAGUGCACAGGGCUGCAAGGUUUUCUCAUUUUCCACAGCUUUGGUGGGGGGACUGGCUCCGGCUUCACCUCGCUACUGAUGGAGCGCUUGUCUGUAGACUAUGGCAAGAAAUCCAAACUGGAGUUUGCCAUCUACCCAGCCCCUCAGGUGUCCACUGCUGUUGUGGAGCCCUACAACUCCAUCCUGACCACCCAUACAACCCUCGAGCACUCAGACUGUGCUUUCAUGGUUGAUAACGAGGCCAUCUAUGAUAUCUGCCGUCGUAACCUUGACAUUGAGCGCCCAAGCUACACAAACCUCAAUCGUCUCAUUGGCCAGAUCGUGUCCUCGAUCACUGCCUCGCUGCGCUUCGAUGGCGCUCUGAACGUAGACCUCACUGAGUUCCAGACCAACUUGGUCCCUUAUCCACGCAUCCACUUCCCCCUUGUCACCUAUUCACCAAUCAUCUCUGCUGAGAAGGCCUACCAUGAGCAGCUGUCGGUCUCCGAGAUCACAAAUGCCUGCUUCGAGCCCUCUAACCAGAUGGUGAAGUGUGACCCUCGUCAUGGAAAGUACAUGGCCUGCUGCAUGUUGUACAGGGGUGACGUGGUGCCAAAGGAUGUGAAUGCCGCCAUUGCCAAUAUCAAAACAAAGCGUUCCAUCCAGUUUGUUGACUGGUGCCCCACCGGCUUCAAGGUGGGUAUUAACUAUCAGCCCCCCACUGUGGUGCCUGGGGGGGACCUGGCCAAGGUUCAGAGGGCUGUAUGCAUGCUGAGCAACACCACUGCUAUUGCUGAGGCCUGGGCUCGCCUAGAUCACAAGUUUGAUCUCAUGUAUGCGAAGCGAGCCUUUGUCCACUGGUAUGUGGGAGAGGGUAUGGAGGAGGGGGAGUUCUCUGAGGCAAGGGAGGACCUGGCAGCCCUGGAGAAGGACUAUGAGGAGGUGGGCACCGACUCUGUCGAAGGGGAAGAAGAGGGCGAGGAGUUCUAACCCUCACUGCCUGAGGCCAAGCAAGCCAGCACUGUCUUGAGAGCCAAAAAACCAGAGCACUGUUCUGUUGUCUGUUAAAUCUGUCUUGAAACAUCUUGUUUCCUAUUAAAGUACCUCCACAAGCUGUGGAGUCCAUACUGUGACAAAUGUUCCUGUCUGAAUAAAUGUUUUAAGUGCUGAA